CCGACAUAUCUGGUUUAAAACAAAACCUCCCCACGAAAAAUCAAAAUCCUAUGAUCAAAUGUCCGCCAAGACCAGAACCCUCACCAAGCUGCUAAGUUCCGGCACCACGCACUCCCAUCGCAAGUCGAAGAACAUCACCCGUUCUGCCGUCACCAACACCUCGUCUAUCGCCUCCGCCGCCAAAGACACCCUAAAAAACUAUAUACGAGUUGCCAGCGCUGCAGAUUCUUCUUCUUCAUCAUAUCUUAAACCACCACGAUCAAACAAAUCUCCAUCUUCCAAGCCUCUAAGUGAAUUGGCAGUUGAGAGCAAUAGGGUUGGCACUUCGUCUUCAACUUCCGAUUCAAAGCGAGAUCUUUCCAGGCAACUCCAUUCUAUAAUAUUCGAUGAGUCGCCAGAUUCUAAAGAGACCUGUGAUUAUGAUGUCCAACCUUCGGCUGGUCUUUUGGAUAUACCAUGGGCGCCAACCCUAAUUAACAGCACCACAUCACUGCGUCGCAAAGAUGUAACACGGGAGAGGAAGCAAAAAUGGGUCUUCAAGUCUACUCAGGGCACUCGUUUUUCCAGGCUGACCAGAUUGUGCACACGUAGGCUAGGGGCAGAUAAUGCUAUUAAAGUUUUUGGUAAAUUGGGGCGUCAAACUGGUGUUAAAGAAUUUAAUGCUAUGAUAGAGGUAUGCAUAGAGAAGGCUAGGAAUACAGAUGAUGAGGAUACUGCUUUGGAAGAGUUCCAUAGAGCUUAUAUGGUUUUUGAAUCUAUGAGGGAAAGUGGUUUUGAAAUUGGUGAAGAAACUUAUGGUCCGUUUCUUCUGUUUAUCAUUGACAUGGGCAUGGUUGAAGAAUUUCACUUCUUCUGUGAGAACAUCAAGAAAGAAAAUCUGAAUUCUCUUUCAAGACUAGCUUACUAUGAGAUGCUUUUAUGGAUAAAACUAAAUGAUGGAGAUAAGAUACAGAUGCUAAUUACAAAUGCAGAUGGUAGUGAUGAAUCCAACUUUAAUGAAAGUUAUUUGGUAGCCUUGUGUGAAGGAGAUCGACAAGAGGAAGUAUCAUUUCUUUUAGAAACAAUUGACAUAAAGAAAGUUUCCUCAAAGGAGAGUAUGGAAAGGAUUUUUAAAUCAUUGGGAGGGCUUUCUUUGGAGACCCAUGCAAAGAAAUUCUUACUGGAACUCAAAACUGAUGGUGAAACUGGGCAAGAUCUGUCAAACUUGAUCUAUUGCUAUGCAAUGAGUAUACCAAAUAUUCAGAUUGAAAACAUUGUUACAAAGUUCAAAAGUUUGCAAGCUGAAUUGAAGGUUUCAUCUUCAUCCGUACCUUAUGAAAAGCUUAUUAAAACCUGUUGCAGCUCAGGCGAGGUACAUUUGGCCAUUGAUUUAGUUGAAUCUAUGUUUGAAGAAGGGUUAAAUGUUCGAAUAAAUACAAUCAAUUCCAUACUAACAACAUGUGAUUUGAGCUGUGAAUAUAAUUUGGUUCAUCGCAUAAAUUCCAUGAUAAAUGAUCAUAACAUACAUCCGAAUGCCGAGACCUUCAGAAUUAUGAUAAGCUUGUGUGUGAAAAUGAAGGAUUUUGAUAAGGCAUAUAGCAUAAUUGGAGAUCUGGAGAGAUUGAAUUUAAUUCCUACUGCUAACAUGUACAAUGCAAUAAUGGGUGGAUACUUUCGACAGAAGAACUUUCAUAAAGGACUGAUGGUUCUUAAACAAAUGGACAAGUCAAAAGUUAAACCUGAUUCUCUUACUUUCAGUUAUAUAUUAGGCAAUUGCAAUAGUGAAGAUGAUAUCAUAAAGUAUAUUAAAGAACUGGAGGAAUCAGGAGUUCAACCCACAAAACACAUUUUCAUGGCACUUAUAAAUGCAUAUGCAGCUUGUGGGUUGUUUGACAAGGCAAAGCAAGUUCUCUCAGACAAGAGAAUUGCGUUUCAAGUUGUGAAUGAAAUGAAAAGUGUGCUGGUUUCUGCACUUGCCACAAAUGGUCAAAUGGCAGAUGCCCUAGAAGUUUACGAUCAACUUAAACAAGUUGAAGCAAUUUUGGAGCCAAAAUCAGCUAUAUGUCUUAUUGAACAUCUUCAAUCGGAAGGCGAAUUAGACAGAUUACUUCAGCUGUUGAAGCAAUUAGAGGAUUCAGAACUUUGGCAUGAUGGGUGUGCCAGAAUCAUCUUGUAUUGUGUUCGAUACAAGCUUUUAGGGCCAGCUGUUGAUUUACUGAAGCAACGAAUGGAGAAGUCUUCCACCAAUGAAAUGGCUUCUGAAGUUCUUUUUGACGAGGUGUUUUAUGAGAUUGCUGUGAUGAAACCAAGUGAUGUGCAGUUUGGGUUGGAUCUACUUAAAGGAAUCAAGGAAGAGAUUGGGAUUCGAGCAUCAAGGAAAAGUCUUGAUUUUCUUCUUAGUGCUUGUGUCAAUGCCAAAGAUCUCAACCGUUCUUUUUCUGUUUGGAAAGAAUAUCAGACAGCUGGCCUUCCAUACAAUGUCUUAACUUACCUAAGGAUGUAUCAAGCGCUUUUGGCUUCAGGAGGGCAUAAAGCUGCAAAAGUUUUGUUAGGAAAUAUAUCGGAUGAUGACUCACAUGUGUGUGAUGUGAUUAAAGCAUGUCAAGCGACAUAUGGCAUAUCAUCCUCCUCCUCCUCAGCCCUUGUGGAGAAGAAAAAGAAAAAGAAAAACAAAAAGAAAUCAAAGUAGAAUGUGAAAAAGCUUUACAUUAUAUACAAGAUGGGGGUGGGUAUUGGGUUGGGGUUGACUUGAUUCUCUCUCUUGACCUAAGGUGCACCUGCAUUGCGCUGAUCUUGAUUCUUCAAGUAACUGUAUAUUUCAGUAGGAAGGAAAUUGAUUCGUACACCAUGACAGAUGAAGAGGGUAAGUAGCUAGUAGUAGAUUAAUUGUUGUAAUCAUUCUCUUAAGAAUACCACUUUAGUUUUAGCAUUAACAUCUACCUACCCUGUUUAUAUGGAAUUCUAGGUUUCAUGAUCAAUCAUUAAAAAAAAAAACUGUUGAUGACA